UUCCACCAGUUCUUGCUUGCACAUAUGUGAGUUCCUCUUGCCUAGGUUCAAAGAACUGAACAGAACAUCACUUACAACUCCUUCAUGCUCCAUAUAUGGAGUUAUAUUAGUGAUGAGAGAGGAGAUACAUAUAGACUGUAGGAAAGAAAUCAGUGCCACCAUAUUGAAAGAUCACCUCCCUUGACGAGGAAGAGAUGAUGAGGGAGGGAGAUGCAUGCGUUGCGCUUCUGAGAAGCAAAUUCCAUGGCCUGAUCGAGAGGAACCACACUCUCGAAGAGGAGAACAAGCAAUUGAGACAUGAAGUCAGCCAUCUAAAAGGCCAAGUCUCCUCACUUGAAGGGCAGCAUACUGAUAGAAAGAUGAUGUGGAAGAGGCUGGAGAAUUUUGCCACCAGCAACAACUACAUGGAAAGGCAGUUUGUUCACAACAAUGAUGAUGCGAAGGAAGCUAUGGAUCUCAACAACUCGGCAUCUUACAGCAGGCAGAGACUCUUUAGGACACCAGUAGUGAAAUCAAGAGCACCAAGGGUUCCAAAUCCACCACCAAGUCCGACGUGCAUCCAACCGAUCAUGAAGGUAAAAAAGGAAGGAUCCAUGGCUCCUCCUCCUCCACCGCCACCUCCCCUACCUUCGAAAUUACUGAAGAGCACCAAGGCAGUGCAAAGGGUGCCAGAGGUAGUCGAGUGGUACCGGUUGUUAGUAAAAAGAGAAGGCAAAAAUGAUGGGAAGUCAGGAUCUACGGGAAUUCCAGUAGCCACUAACAGCCGAGACAUGAUCGGGGAGAUAGAGAACAGAUCGGCCUAUGUUAUAGCUAUCAAAUCAGAUGUAGAAAAUCAGGGUGACUUCAUUAACUUCCUGGCAAGGGAAGUUCAGAAUGCAGCAUACAAGGAUAUAGCCGAUGUUGAAGAGUUUGUGAAGUGGCUUGAUGGGGAAUUAUCAUACCUGGUAGACGAAAGGGCAGUGCUCAAGCACUUCCCUAACUGGCCAGAGAAGAAAGCAGAUGCCAUGAGAGAAGCAGCAUUCACUUAUCGAGAUCUGAAGAAUCUGGAAACAGAAGCAUCAUCAUUCCACGAUGACAGGAGAGUGGCUACACCCAUGGCUUUCAAGCGCAUGCAAGAUCUACAGGAUAAAAUUGAACAAGGCAUUCACAAUACGGAAAAAAUAAGGGAUAAUGCAAGUGCAAGAUACAAGGAUCUUAUGAUCCCAUGGGAUUGGAUGCUUGACUCCGGAAUCAUACGCCAACUAAAGGCCGCUUCAUUGAAGCUUGCAAAAGAAUACAUGAACCGCAUUAUGAAUGCACUGAAGUCAGAUCCAUUUGCAAAUGACGAGGAACUGAUUCUGCGGGGUGUCCGCUUUUCCUUCAGAAUACAUCAGGUUGCGGGUGGCUUUGAUGAAGGUUGCAGGAAAGCAUUUCAAGAACUGAAGACAUAUGCAAGCAAGUCAGAGUGAUCUGCAUAUGGGCUCAAAUAAGCAUCAUUGGUAUAGAAAGAACAUGACUAAGUUUUGCCGAGGUUGGCUCCAGAAGGACUCCACUAGUCUUCAGGAUGCUUUUGGGAACAAUUAUCUUAUUUGGUCUGCAUCCAAGUUGCUGAUCUCUUGGAUACAAGAUAAAGCCUGACGUUUCAAGUCCAUCUUCCCACAAGUCUUAAUUUAAGUACACCUGAUAGAAUCAUUCUAAAAUUUCAUUAGACGCCUAAAUUUUAGCUUAUCUGGUACUCUGUUUUCGCAUAUAUCAAAGAAAAUAAGAGUACCCUAUGAUUAUUAGGUGGUU